ACCUUUCCAUAAUAUAGCGCCUCAUCCUUGUUUUGGCCGAGUUACUCAUUUUAUACUGAAAGUCCCAAAACGGAACCUUGACUUAUUUGAAUUACUCUAACUUUGCAGAGCAGCGACUGUCUGAUCAGUGACUGUAGUGGAAGCAGCUCUGUAUUACACACAUUGUCAUGCAUAACAAAAUGCGAGAGAAGCAGCAGCAGCCAAACAGUAUGGGAUCAAACCGAGGUAGUCGCUGCUGUCCUUAGUCCAUGCCACUGCUCCACAGUGUCACCAGGAGAUGGCUGAAUAGAUAUGAAGUGGACUACAUGAGUGGACAGUUACUGUAGACUGGUUUUGUCCAGUAAACAACACCCCUACUCUGCUGCGUUGCUUCAACAAUGUCUUCCCCAGUGGAAGUGAAGGUGGAAGAGACGAAACUGAUGGAGGAGGAUCUCUCAGACCUGAAGCUAAGCCCUGUCUUUGGGAGCUGUGUUGCCAAACUACAUACAGCGCCCCACUUCCUGCCCGAGGACGUUGAGCCACAGGAGUUGUCUGGAGGCAGCGUGAUAGAGACAUUAUGUCUGAGCAGAACACAGUUGAACAGCGUUUCAGGAGAUAUUUUGACAAAUAGCAACCUUAAGUAUUUGUAUCUUGAAGGAAACCACAUUUCCAGUCUUCCAGAGUCCAUGUUUAUCCACUUGCCACACCUGCAGUGGCUGGACCUUAGAAAUAAUCUUAUCGCAUCACUUCCAGCUGCUAUCGGCUUGCACAGGUCUCUGAAAACGCUGCUGUUAGAAGGGAAUCCAAUCUCAGAAUUGCCUGCAGAAAUGGGAUAUUUGAUUACACUCAAAGGUUUGAACCUGAGAAACUGCCCCAUCACUUUUCCUCCACACGACAUAAUAGACCAGGGGGUCCAGGGCAUCCUCCAGUACCUGAAGAGAGCUAUGGAACAGAGACAGGUUCACCUGGCAGAACCCCAUUCAGAGAUGCCAGUGGUGGAGAAGCUCCAGCUGACAGAACUGAUGGUGUCUAGUGUGGAUGAGCAGGAUGAAGAGGAGCUGGAGAAGUUCAAAGAAUUAAAAAACAGGAUGAUGCUUCUGGAGCGAGCAGAGCUCAGAUCAGUGGCACAGAGUGAUAAAACUCCAAAGAUAGGUCCUUGCCCUGUUAGCAAAAGAAAAAAAGCCACAUCCAAGGCCAGCAUGGUUCCGGAGCUCCAACUGUUUGGCCCUCAUCACUGGAAGAGGCCAGAAGAGAGGAGACAGGCUGCAACAAAGGAGACAAAAGAGAAACAGGCCACUCAGGAACAGAGGAUGAAAAACCAAGUGGCUCUUUCAAAGUGGCGCACAAACGCCAAGGUCACACAAGAGAGAAAACUGUCUGAGUACAGGCAGAAGAAGAGGAAUGACAAAGAAAAAAUGCGAGAGGAAGCAGGUGCUAAUACAAAGGCCUAUGAUGAGGACAGCAGUGAUUCUUCACAGGGGCAGACAUCCACCUUUCAGAUCCCAAAGUAUAAUGAAAUCAGAUCCGCCAGUGAGCUACAGCGACAGAUCCGUGUAUGUGCAGAGAUGAUACAGGAAAGACACGUUAAUCCUAGAGGCACAGCCAAUGAACAGAUGGCAGCAGCGGAGCGAGAUAUAGCAGAGAUGACCAGGUUGCACAGACAGCUUCUGGAAACCAGAAAUGCUGCAGGAGAAAAUGAAAAAUGUUUCACCAUCUUCACUGCAGACAACUGGACACAUUUUAAUGACAGAACAUGAAAGUGACAAUUGAUACUGUUUGAUAAUUUUGACUGGAUAAGCAGAACUCUGCAUCGUGUGUGUGAUCCUGUUUUCCUGCAAUAGUUUUUUUGUCACUAUUGCAGAUCAAACAUCAAAUAAAGAUGAUUUUUGUCUCUU